ACAAUAGUAAACAACAAACACUUUACGGCAGUGAAGAUGGCUUCUCACUUCAGCGGUGUACUGCAGUUGACGGAUCUCGACGAUUUUAUCACCCCCUCUCAGGAAUGUGUCAAACCUGUUAAAGUAGAGAAGAAACAAGGCAAAUCUGUGGCCAGAAUUCAAAUAGAAGAUGAUGGCAGCUACGUCCAAGUCAAUCAGGACGGUGGGAAACAGAAGUUGGAGAAAGCAAAGAUCACACUGAAUGACUGUUUAGCCUGCAGUGGCUGUAUCACCUCAGCGGAGAGCGUCCUCAUCACUCAGCAGAGCCACGAAGAGCUCCUUAAAGUGCUACGCAACAACAAGGUAGAUGCCAGCGCGACAGAGCAGAAGGUGGUGGUGGUGUCAGUGUCCCCGCAGUCCAGAGCCUCUCUCGCAGAGCGCUUUGGCCUCAGCAGCAGCGAGGCAGGCAGGAGACUUACUUCUUUCUUCAAAGGCCUUGGGGUUCAUCAUGUGUUCGAAACCAGCUUCAGUCGCACCUUCAGCCUGCUGGAGAGCCAGAGAGAGUUUGUGGAGCGUUUCCAAAGGAAGGAGCAGGACAGCAAGAGUCUGCCGUUGCUGACAUCAUCCUGUCCAGGUUGGAUUUGCUAUGCAGAGAAGACCCACGGGGAGUUUAUCCUUCCUUACAUUAGUACCACUCGCUCCCCUCAGCAGAUGAUGGGUUCCCUAGUUAAAGGCUAUUUUGCUGAACAACAGGGGAUAAGUCCACAGCAGAUCUACCAUGUCGCAGUGAUGCCCUGCUUUGACAAGAAACUUGAAGCCUCGAGGUCUGACUUCUACCUGAACACCUCAGAGACUCGAGAAGUGGACUGUGUCAUCACAUCUGGAGAGGUUCAGAAAAUGCUGGAGGAGAAAAAUGUGUCUCUUAGUGAUGUGGAACCUGCACCCCUAGAUACAAUGUUCAGCAGUGUGAGUGGGGAUGAGUUCCUGAGCCAUUCUGGAAGUGGCUCAGGGGGUUACCUCCAUCAUGUCUUCACAUAUGCAGCCAAGCAGCUGUUUGGAGAGAAAGUGGAGGAGCUAACCUACAAGACCCUCCGGAAUAAGGACUUCCAGGAAGUCACUCUAGAGAAAGAUGGAGUCGUCCUGUUGUCCUUUGCUUCCACAUACGGCUUCCGCAACAUCCAGAACCUGGUGCAAAAACUCAAGAGGGGGAAGUUGCCUUACCACUUUGUGGAGGUUAUGGCCUGUCCAUCAGGCUGUCUAAAUGGUGGUGGACAGGUGAGGCCCUUACCUGGUCAGAACCCCAAGGAGCUUCUCCAGAAGGUGGAGGAGCUCUACAAGGCAGAGCGCCCCCUAUCGCCAGAAGAUGACACCCGCGUGGCCGAGCUGUACCAGUCCUGGCUCCACAGCGUUGGGGAGGAGAGAGCCAAAGAGCUGCUGCACACACGCUACCACGCGGUGGAGAAGAUGAAGAACGGACUCACUAUGAAGUGGUGACGAAAGCUUUUGCUACAAUCCAUGAUUUUUAGAGCAUUUUUUAGCCAACACUGACUACAGAACCGUCCAGAUAUAUGAGACCAUAUGAGAAGGGUUAUGGGCAAAGUUGAAUAUAAGAUGAUUUAAUGAAGCCAAUAACCUUUUUAACCACUUUUCUCCAUCUCUACAAAAUUGUGUGCCUGACAAGAAAAUAGACACAAUACUCAACCAAAUUAUGUAUAUGAUUUUACCAUUUGCUGCCGAUUGUCCUUGAAAAUGUAUAAAUAGUUCAUUUGUUACAUUUUGAAAAUGUUAGUUGAAAUAACACAACAUAUAAUAAUUCCUUGUUUAUUUAACCAUAUGUAUAUUGAAAAAUAAAGCCUUUAUUUAAUUGUA